GUUUUUGCGUUUUUGCUGCGGUGACUCGAGUGAAUCAUGGCUUUUUCUACAACCUCCAAUGAGCAAGAUCGCCAGCAACGAUUGGGCCAAUUGCUGGCAAUUGUCCAAAAGCGAUCUGCGGCGCAAAAGGGUUCAAGUGGAGCUGAAGAACCACCGAACAAAGAAGCCAAAAGGUCGCAUGCUGUCAAAUCGCAUGUUCACCGUCAUCAGCAACCAACGUCUGCUCUUCCCGAUUACCAUUUCCAGAGUGACAAAAUGCUACCAAUGCUGAAUCUUGAACUGAGACCGGAAAUCGAAGUACGGCCUUACCAGAACGAAGCCGUGGAUGCUGUCAUCAAGAAAUCAGACAAGUCUGGGGAAUCGGUGGCUCGCUCUGGCAUCAUCGUUCUGCCUUGCGGUGCGGGUAAAACCUUGACCUCGAUCGUGAUAGCUUGUGCUAUUCAAAAGCCCAUUCUUGUUGUUUGUUCUACGAUUAUUGCCGCCGAACAGUUUUCCAAGGAAUUCUUGAAAUUCACGACAUUGAUGGCUUCGAAAACAGGCAUGUUUGCUGGUGCUAAAAAGUGGCCUUAUAAUGGCCCUGCUGGUGUCCUUUUCACCACUUAUACCAUGCUGGUCGAAAAUAAGAAUCGAACAGCCGACAGUAAACGUAUGAGCCAGUUUAUCGACAAAACCGAGUGGGGAAUGAUCAUUCUGGACGAAGUGCAUUGCGUACCUGCCAUGAACUUUAGCAAGGCUAUCACCAAGAUCAAGGCUCAGGUUCGAAUCGGGUUGACGGCUACCAUGCUUCGAGAAGAUGAAAAGAUUGGCGACUUGGAGACGCUUGUGGGACCUAUCGUAUACCAUGCCAAGUGGAAGGAGUUGGCGGAUCGAGGCUACAUCGCCAAAGUCAUUUGUACACAAGUGGAAGUAGAUAUGCCGUCCAUCGUUCGAAAGGAAUACGAUAGCGUGCAAGGUCAAGGUGGCAGCGUCUUGGGACAUACGCAUCACUUAAAGAGUUUGUUAGCCAUUCUCAAUCCUAUCAAGAUGCAGAUCUGCCAGCGAUUAAUCCAUUAUCAUGAAGCCAAGGGUGAUAAGGUAUUAGUUUACUGUGAUCAUAUUGAUGCCUUGAAACAAUACGCAGAAAAAAUUGGUCGACCUUACAUCUACGGUGGCACGCCGACCGACGAGGCCCGUCAGUUAUUGCAACGAUUCCAGAUCGAUGUGCCAACUGAGACAGCAGGUUCAUGGUCGGAAAUGGCGGCGCGACGGGUGCAAAGAGCCAAGCAGAUCAGUACGCUUUUCCUUUCUCGUAUCGGUGAUACCAGUUUGGAUCUUCCCGCUGCCACGGUCCUCAUCCAAGUUUCUUCGCAUUUCGGUUCUCGACGUCAAGAAGCCCAACGUUUAGGCCGUAUUUUGCGUGCCAAGAAACGAUCCGAAAAGGGUUUUUACUCACGAUUUUACACGUUGGUGACCGACCAUACGCAUGAAGUGAGCUUUUCGGAACGCAGACGACAGUUUUUGGAGGAAGACUGCGGCUAUGGAUACCAAAUAUGGAAAGUGGGAGACGAAGAUCCCGAUACCGGAGGUUGGAAGGUCACCGAUUUCAAGGAUUCCACCGCUCCCGCCGACGACGAAGUGCAAACGGAACCUGUCACUUGUGCAAUCCAAGGAGCCGGCGAACGUCCAUUUGUUACAACAUCUCAACAGGAGCAGCUUAUUCGUUCUCUACGAGAACUCAAGAAUAUCCAGGUGGAAGAUGACGAUCUUGAUGGCAUGGCCAACACAGCGUCGAACGGACCACCUGCGGCGGUAGGCGCUAAGCGUAAAAGAAAUACAACCACAACCUAGAUUAGAAAAAAAAAAUAUCAGUCACUCAUGACACUUUUCAUUGCAACUCUCAUUCAUUCAAAUCUUUAUUGUAUAUUCCAUGGCAUUUUCAGCAAAAUAGUAGACAACUAGGCUAGGUUAGUGACAAGUCAAUUUUAAAGCAAUAAAAUGGCGGCUUUAUCGGUAACC